CCGAGGCACGGCAAGUAUCAAAUAUUAAAUAUAAAAGGUUACAUCUCUAGUAUUUCCUUCGUUAUUUGAAUAUACGGCCUUGAGUGGGUUAAACGAUUUCUCCAGUGUCUACUGUAUAUUUGUUGUGUUUAAAUCAGUGUGCAAUAUGUCGACGUCUGACGUUAGUAUAAUGAAUUCUUCGGAAAAUUUACUAAAUAUAUCCAAGGAGUCCUUCAGCGCUCCCAUCGUUGAAAGCAGUGAAGAUCUCCAGCAGUCAGAUACGCCUACUUGGCUAACAAAAGACUAUUUAGAACAGUGUCUACGUAAACAUUACAAGGAUCAAAAGCUAAAAAUUCUCAAAUGGAACAUUCGUCCAGCGCUUGGAAAAGGUGAAAAUUAUGGUGGAGUUUUAACUCGCAUUCGUGCCGAAUGUCAAACACACUUGGGCACUGUACUCUCUGGUCACUAUGUCGUAAAAGCAUCUUUUGAAGCCGAUGAGUUUGCACGAAAAACUAUGGAACCGUACGAUAUUUUUAAUCGUGAAAUGUCUAUCUACGAAAAUGUGUUGCCACGGCUAAAUGCAUUGUUGUGUGAAAUAGGUGACCACGACAAAAUCUUUGCUGAGACUAUAGCGGUUGAUCGUGAACGCUCUGCACUCAUAUUCGAAGACUUAAAUGUACGGGAAUUUGUCAUGCCGAACCGCUUAGCUGGGCUGAAUAUGACUUUGUCAAAGAUGGUGCUACGCAAAAUAGCAAAAAUGCACGCUUCUUCAGCAGUAUUAAACGAGCGAGAAAAUGGUUGUCUUGAAACCUUUGAUCGUGGUUUCUUUAAUAGGCAUACAGACAGUUAUAUGCCCGGGUUUGAAGGCCUAUUGUUGGCUUGCAGUCGACGUGUUGCCCAGUGGGACGGCUAUCAAUAUUACGCGAACAAGUUAAUGGCUUUGAAAACUAAGUAUACGGAAUUAGGAAAACAAGUAUUUGAUCCUAUUCCAGGUCAUUUGAAUGUGUUGGCGCAUGGUGAUCUCUGGACAAACAAUGUAAUGGUUAAAUACGACAAAAAUACUGGCGAACCUUUAGAUGUGAUAAUAAUCGAUUUUCAAUAUGCUGUUUGGGGAUCGCCGGCUGUAGAUCUCCACUAUUUUCUUAAUACCUCAUUGGAGGAGGAUAUGCAUUUGAAUCGUCAAGAUGAGCUCAUAAAAUGUUAUUAUGAAACUUUUUCGGACACAUUAAACAAAUUGCAGUACCGAGCUAAAAUUCCAAGCUUACACAAGUUUCAUUUGCAACUUGAAGAAAAAGCAUUUUACGCGUUUAACUCUACUUGCGUUAUAUUAGCGGUUCAGCGAAACGAGGAUACCGAAGACGCAGAUUUUACAGCGAUUAUGCAGAAUGACCAGCGUGCUACUCGCUUCAAGGACACAUGCUUUAAAAAUAUUUAUGUUCAACGUAUUAUAAAAAGUCUUCUACCCAUAUAUGAACGACGUGGUUUGCUGGAUCACGAGCAAUAGUUUAACUUGCUUUCUUGUGAUUUCUAACGCUGUAAAUUAUUUUUUUGUUAUAAAGUAAAAUAAUAAAGAUACAUUUUUUUUUUAUAUUGAAAUAAAUAAAAAUGUUCCAUACAUGGCAAUAUUUACCAAA